AUGUUGCCGACACCAAGCCUGUUACGCCUCCUGGCCUUCAGCAUUGCCGUCGUCGCCGGACAUCCAAGUCGCCGACCAAUUGUUGAUCUUGGUUACGAAAAAUACCAAGCGAUCGAUCAGGGCAAUGAAACAACCACCUAUUAUUCUUUCUCGAACAUCAGAUACGCCUCUCCUCCCGUUGAUGACCUCCGUUGGAAAGCACCAGUGCCCCCUCGCGCGAACCGGUCUUCUAUUCAGUCCAACCCUCAAGUAAUUACAUGUCCCCAGGGGUCAACAACAUGGCAAAUCAAGACAUCCAUCACUACCAAUGAGUACUUGGAAUCCGGCAAAGUUCCCAACGUUUCAUACUCCAAUCUUGAGAGCAUGGUGCAAAGCGGACAAGAGGACUGCUUGUUCCUGGAUGUUCUUGCGCCGAAGAAUACCUUUGAUCAUGUUAAGAGCGGUGCUCGCGUGCCUGUCAUGGUUUGGAUACAUGGUGGUGGAUUCACGGCCGGCUCGAAAACAGAUUUCGGAUCAGCAAAGACUCUGGUCGAUCGGGCCAAUGAGGAUGGCUCAGAUCCCAUGGUCUAUGUGGCCCUCAAUUAUAGGCUAGGUGGUUUUGGCUUUCUCGCUGGUUCUUCAUUUGAAAGAGAAGGUGGUCUUCUGAAUGCCGGUCUAUUCGAUCAACGGAUGGCACUUCAAUGGAUUCAGGAUAAUAUUCAUCUAUUUGGUGGCGACAAAAAUCAAGUCACCGUCGUUGGCGAGUCUGGGGGAUCAGGGUCCAUCAUGCACCAUAUCACUGCGGGUGGAAACAAUAACCCAGCCUUCCAGAGGGCUAUUCUGCAAUCGCCAGCAUAUUUCCCUUACCGAUCGGCAGUUGAGAAUCAGAAUGCGUUUCGUUCAUUCAUGGGCCAUGCGAAUGUCACCAGCCUUGCCGAAGCUCGCCGUCUCCCGUCUGAUAUCCUCAUCGCAGCCAAUUCCCGUUCAAUAGGCGAAGCUUUGCCAUACGCUUCCCCCGUUUAUUCUCCUACUCCUGAUGGAGACAUUGUCCUGUCUGAUCCCAAGCUCCGCCUAUCGCGAGGAGAGUUCCAUCGAUCAAUUGAGAUCAUCACCUCCCACAAUUCAGAUGAAGGUCUCACCUUGGUUCCUGCCAUUCAUACCUGCCAGGAGUACGAAUCUCUGUUAAGAAGCCUAUUUACCCACUUCAAUACCUCCACAAUCAAUCACAUCGUCAACGUUUUGUACCCCCCAAUCUUUGACGGAUCUAUGGGCUACACCAACAAUUAUCAAAGAGCAGCCAAAACCGUCGGGGAGGGCAUCAUCGAAUGCAAUUCGGUGUCGCUAGGUCUUGCUUUCGGACUCCGAGCCCACGCAUACUAUUUCUCAACCUACCCUGGACUUCACGCGCAAGACACGUCUUAUACCUUCUACAACCCUGGGGCACAGUCUUCCUAUUCCCUGGUGGAUACCGGCGCAGUCAACCAGACUCUCGCAUAUAUCAUGCAAGACUACAUUGCUAAUUUUGCCAAGUCUGGCCAGGUCAAGUCUGAGUUGGAUGGUUUGUCAGAGAUUCCGCCAUACGGGUCGCAUGGGACCUCAGUGCAGUUGGACUCGGCCGGGGUCAAACUCGUCGGCGAUCCAGCUCUAACAUCUCGAUGCGAAUGGUGGGCUUCAAUCGACUACCAAGGUCCCAUCGUGUCUGGCUCUGGAGCCUGUAGUGUAUAG